AUGGAUAUUCUUACGACGGUGGAUGUUGUAGUAGUUUUCCAGCACCAAGAGUUUUACGUUGCAGCUCAAGCUUUUUUCGAUCGAAAGUCGCUUCCUCUGGAUUUGUUCCAAUGUCAGUUAUUUUCGCUUGUUGGAGUGAUACCGGACGAGCAAAUCUUAAUGUGUUCCAGUACUGGAAAAGUGCUGUCCGUUUCUAGGAAGUCUGACGUGGUGACAGUCGCAAUAUCGACGGAAACUCGUCCUCGCUUCUUUCUCUUCUCCAGUACUGACUCGACGUUGAAUUUGUCGGAACUUGCGGACGAUUGGAGACAAAUUUGCACCAAAAGUACAUUUGGAGAUGCUGCAGUGGUACAACCAGCUUUUCAGAAAAUUACUCCGAGGGAUUCGGAGUUUGGUUUUAUCUGUGAACCUUGUGCGAGGACUUGCACUACAGGUUUCCAGCCUGUGAGUCCAAUGGAGUGGAAUGCGUCACAAUUGAUGGCAUCACGGUUCAUUUCCGAUGUAGUUGUUGUUGCUGGAGACGUGGAUGUUGCUGCACCGUCUGGAUUUAUAAAGUUACCAGUGGAUUUAAAGUACUCGGCGUCGGGCAACUAUAUGUACCUGUGUGUUCAGCGUGGCGGUCCGCGAGCAUUGACGCAGAUCCGCGUUCUCUCGGAGCAACGAGGCGCUGGCGAUGCUAUGCCCCCCGUGAAUGAUUCAAUAUCGUAUAAACCAGAAAAAUUGGUUGAGAUUGCCUGCGAUAGUGGUAGCACUGCUAUUAAUGGAUUGAAAAUGAGGAGUCGUAUCGGAUAUGACUCAGUGCAGCUCAAAGGCAAUAUAGAGCAGCUCGAAACGCUCGCCAUCACUGAUAUUGCCAUUGUUGUUGGCGAUCAGCCUGUUCCUUCUCCGGGGUACGUCAAGAUCACACGAAAUUUGAACGAAGGUGCAAUGGGCUCUCUACCUGUUUUCCUGUACUAUCGUUUACUACCUCUGGGCGGCUUCGCGUGUGAUUCCGGCACAGAGCACAGCGACUUCGGAGAAUGUCUUUUUGCAACCCGUCAUCUGACUCGAGUGAAAAGCGUACUAGAUUUUGAAGAGCAACGGCUGACCAUUGCUCAAGCUGCUUUAGCAGCCGAUAGAAGGCGUGGAGAUGCGACGAUUAUGGAGGAACACUACCGCCAACAUCAACCGAGUAUGUUGAAGCGAUUACAAAGCGGGUUGCAACGUGCACAGUCAUACGAAAAUAAAAAGAUGCAGGAAGAGGCACUCAAGCGAAUCCCAGUGGACACGCUACACGAACGUGCUCGAUCUAACACGUCACCGAUGUCACUCUAUCAGGACGAAUUGAUUAAGCAAUUACUGCGCUGGUUUAAGCGUGAGUUCUUCACAUGGAUGAACCAACCUCAUUGCUCGGUAUGUAAAUACGAAAAAACACAAUCGGUACGGACGGAGGGCCCCAGCACCGCUGAAGAGAUAGCUGGUCAGGCCGGCCGGGUUGAGGUGUAUCAGUGCCCUGCAUGUGGGGCUUAUACUCGAUUUCCUCGUUACAAUGAUCCAGUUAAGUUGUUGGAUACACGUACCGGUCGAUGUGGAGAAUGGGCAAACUGCUUCACACUCUGCUGCCGCGCAAUGGGAUUUGAGGCUCGUUAUGUUCUUGAUGUUACGGACCACGUGUGGACUGAGGUGUAUUCUGAGCACUAUAAGCGGUGGCUGCACUGCGAUUCAUGCGAAGAGCAGCUUGAUUGUCCUUUGACAUAUGAGGUUGGAUGGGGCAAAAAGCUGUCGUACAUUUUCUCGUUUGGUCGUGAUGAAGUGGUAGACUCGGCUAGGCGAUACACGCUCAACUGGUCCGAAAUGCUCACAAGGCGUCAGGAUGUCAGUGAAAAGUGGCUGGAGACGACUAUCAAUCAAAUGAAUUGUGGCCUCUGGGAACGGCAAAGUCCUGAAAGGGUAGCGAUUUUGACGAAACGUAAAACAGCUGAGCGCGAUGAGCUACUAUACGGACGCUCUGCUCGAAACAGCGAGGUCAAUGGACGUGUUUCAGGAUCGGCUGAAUGGAAAAACCGUCGUAAUGAAGCUGGAAAACAAGAAAACGUGCCCGUCAGCACUGCAAGUGCGUCACCUUUAGCGGCAACAUCCACUUCUGUGCCAGCUGAAAAGGUUUUGCAAGAUAUAUGCCGAAAUUGGGUGGUUGGUUGUCAAUUCUCAGAAUGCUCCAAUCCUUUUUGCUUCACUGGUCGGACGCGGUCAAAUCGUACAAGGGUGCCACCCGAUGUAAAUGAGCGUGCUGCCCAAGCUAUUCAAGUGGCAUCAAAUUUGAGCUCCGUACGCUUCUCGUCAGAAGCCCUCAUGAUGCUUCUGUGUCCACUCACACGUACAGAGCUUCGUAAUUUUAUGUGGAAGAAUCAACCUUUGCUGUACUUACCACUGCAAGACAUCCCUUCUACAUGUAGCGAUAGAGGCGUGCCUCUGCUUGACGUGUCAGGUCAUGACAAUCACGCAGACAAUUCUCAGCGUUGUGGGUUGCGUAAGCCAUUCCGCAUUCCGAAUGCAGGCCCGACAAAUGAUGACCAUAACGGAGCUGGAAGCGGAAGGAAUGAUGAGGCGUUUGGGAUGCAGUUACUUGGUGGAAAGUUUUUGUCAAUCGCGGGUCACAAUUUGCUACCCCUUACAGACGUCUUGCUGUCAUUUCUUGUUCGCUUUGAUCGGAACAAGGCGCUCAAAGAUAACGAAGACGUUACGAUCAGAGUUCUAGCUGGUCGAAUUGGAUCUCCCGACCCGACGCCGCCAAUCUUUUGUAUACACUGGAGCAACUCAGAGCGGCAGUUUUCGUGCGAGCUUCAAAUUAAGAAGGAGACUACAGAGACGGCUAUAUGUACGACUUCGUUGUUAGCCUUUGGUCAGUAUGCGCACAUCGCUGUGUUACUAGGCGAAAAUGCUAUCGCAAUGUACAUCAAUGGAACGGAGAUGCUGGUGCUUGAUGGAGCGUGUCGAGGAAAAAAAGUGGUGUUACUAUCGAGGGACCUGCUAGCACUUAUCCAAGCAUUGCUGCUGUAA